GGAACAACUGUGUGCUCAGUUUUCUGGGGGGAAGAGGAAGAGCUACAGGACGUCUUCCUCCACAGCAGAACCUGGACGUCGAGGAGUCCGGACACUUGAAGCACAGACCGAUUCAGCUCCAGCUGCUGUUAUUCUGGUAACUUCCACAACGAGAAGCUCCGAUGAUAAAACACACCGGAUACGAGCGCAGUCUGCAGGAGAAAGACUUCCGGCGGUGGGGGGAUCGUUGCAGUCGAUAUUUACUCGAAAGCAUCGGCAUGUAGCAGCUCAGUGCUCAGGCUGUAAGGCUGUCCGUCAUGAAGAAGCGAGCCACCAAGGUGCCGGAGGCGGAGGAGAUCUUGUGCUGCUGCGAAUAUGUGAACAGACUCGGAGAGCGCAGCCAUGUAGCAGCCUGCUGCUGUGACUGCGAGGACCUGGAUGACGCCUGUGACAGGUUUCUGAAGAGGGAGCCUCAGAAGGCUGAAUCUUUGGCACAUGUGGCUGCAGUUUUUUCGGACCGCAUUCGUGUGCCUUGGCUGUGGGGUGGAGCCCGAAGAGUGGACCUGUCCGUCAUCCCUCCUCUUAUUCUCCUUCCUGUCCUGCUCCACCUCGCUGCCCUCCACUUCCUGCUCGGCAUCGUGGUUCUGACAGCUCUACCCGGGCUGGUGCUGUGGUACUACUAUUUCACCCACCGCAAGAAAGGGCGGACACUCUUCUUCCUGAGCUUGGCCCUCUUCUCCCUGGGGUACAUGUACUACUUGUUCAUCACCGAGGUGCUUCCAAGUGGGGAUGUUGGCCAGGUGGAGGUAACCGUGGUAACCAUAGGGGUCAUACUCACCCUGGUAGCCCUUAUCCACACCAAGAGAGAACCCGGCAUCGUGCGGCCAAACCAAGAGUCCGUCCACAGCACGGUGACGUAUUACAGCCCUCUGGCAGACAGAGACCCUGCCGUCAACGGGGGGAGGCAGGAUGUGACGAUGACGGUAGCCAACCGGGCGAUAUCGUCGCCGGAGCAGGCGGUGGAGCUGAAGGAAAGUAGCCGGAGGAACUGGUGUCCGGUGUGCAGGGUGGUGCGGCCCCCAAGGGCGGGACAUUGUCGGAUCUGUGGUGUCUGCGUGCUGCGUCUCGACCACCACUGUGUCUGGAUAAACAGCUGUGUGGGGCAGGCCAAUCACCGCAGCUUCCUGCUUACACUCGUCCUCUUCCUGUUGACGUCCCUGUACGGGAUCAGCCUGGUACUGCAGAGUGUGUGUCUGAAACAACACCACCUCACUGCCCUGUUCUACUGCCCGGGGGUCUACGACCAGUACAGCACUGCACUUUGCUUCACCUGUGCGUGGUACAGCAGUAUUGUGACUGGAGGGCUGCUACACCUGCUGAUGGUGCAGGUGAUCAACGUGAGUUACAACGUGACCGAGCGUGAGGCACGCAUCGCCCUGCGAGACAAAACCGCUCGCAGCGCCUUCUGGGGACUCGUUGUGGACACAGGCGUCUACUCCAGAGGUUUCCGUGGGAACUGGGCAGAGUUCAUGACCAUGGGAGACAAACUGAACCCUCCCACUCCCACCCCAACAGAUCUGGUUGCCUUGCUGGGAGUCGGCAUACAAGAAAAAUGUGAGAUUGAGUAAUCUGUUGACGUCUCUGGAGUUGGUCAGUCCGUCACAUUGCGUGGGCUGAACGUCAUUUCAAGGAGGAUCUUUCUGCACUCAACACCUCCUUUA